GUGCGCAGGGGUGGGGCGUCGCACCGGUUGCCCAGCAAGGGAUGCGGGUGGGCGCGUGUCGCUGUGGCGCCCUUGCUGAUUCUGUGCUAUGAGGCUUUAAAUGUGGCGGAGACAGAGCUUUCUGGCCGGAGGCUCCAGGAGAAAAAGCACCAGGCAUGGAGAUCCCGUGACGCCUGCGCUUUCAGCUCUGUAAGCUGGCCGGUGCGUUGCUACUCUGCUGUUGGGAGCCUGAGCUGGACUCGGGGAAAAUGCAUUUCGUAUGAGACUGGUUGGCGAGGACUGGAACGCACCACGUUUGCAAAGCGCUUUGCACAAGACAGUGCCUGCUUUAGCCUGACCCAUGCACCUCAGACGCCAGGCGAUCGUGCAGUUCUCCGUGGGAAGUAGAAGCGGGAGGAUCCGGAGUUAAAGGGAGCCCUGGAGGCUGAGUCUGUCAGGCACACCACACCCACUGGGCAACGUGAAGACCCCGGUGGCACCGGCCCAGCAGCGGAAUGAAAGCCCUCCACCUUCAGCACCGCAGUCCCACCAGCUACAGGGUCAAGGCCAGGGCAUCCUAUGUGGAUGAGACCCUGUUUGGCAGCCCAGCAAGAACCAGACCUGCCCAACCAGACUUUGACCCACCCUGGGUGCAGAAUUGUAACCGAUCCAGAGGAGUGGGCCCAGGACCACCGAAGGGCUCUCUGGCCAAGAGAGACUGUGAGUCCCCCUCUUCCAGGGGCAGCACCCCAAACCUCACACCAAGGAAGAAAAACAAAUACAGGCUGAUUGGCCAUGCCCCAUCCUACUGCGAUGAGUCACUGUUUGGCACUAGCAAGGAGGGGUCUCGGAUGGCCGUGGGGGAUGCUGCAAAGCUCCGGACCCUUUUCUGGACCCCACCAGCCACCCCUAGGGGCAGCCACACACCUUGCCCCAGGGAGACCCCUCUGCGAGCCAUUCACCCAGCUGGACCCUCCAGGACAGAGCCCAGAGUGACUGCAGGCUCCCAGAUGUCAUCCCAGGAUGGGUUGUGUGUUCCCUGCUCUCUGGGACAGAGGCGGUCCCAUUCACUCACCCACCUAACUGUCCCCAGCACGGGUCAUCCAGCUUCCAGUGCUCCCCAGACCAAUGGGCCUUGGAGUCCCCGGCCUAACACAUCAGGGGCGACUGUCCAGAGUCCCCUGGUCACUUCCAAGGCAUGCUCAGGUCGUGUUUCGGGGCCAGCUCCCCCUCGGCGAGGGGCCUGUCCUCCCAAGCCGAAGCCUCCUUGGAAGUGAGAUUCUCGUCAGGGAUGCUUUUGGCCCAAAGCCAGGACUCAAGCUCGGGUGGGGUCCUAUAGAGACAACGGUCCCCAGGGCCUCCAGAUGCUGGAAACGCCUCCACGGGGUGCCACGGUGAGGAUGGGCCAUAUUGUCCUAGUCCCCACAAGCUCAGGAUGUCCCCAGCCUUCUCUGAAGGGUGUUUGGGGUCCUUGAGAUGUUGUCUCUCUAGCGGUGUCUCAGCCGCCUUCUGCAUCGGUGCCAAGCCCCACCCAGCUCCCUGCAAAGGAGUAUGUUUUUUACAGUGAUCUGGAGGCUCUGAGGAAGUGUCCUGGGCUGUGCGUGGACCCAAGUGGGUGGGACAUGGGAAGACAUUAUUUUAGUAUUCAUGUAUUUAUUCCAUGUAUUAAAUGAAUUUGGAUCACUAAAA